CCCUCAGACCCCUCGCGCACUUUCUCGCUCCCAUCUGUCAAUCACCGCGCUCAGCUGUCCAGUGAGCGGGCCAAGGGGGCGGGGCCAAGGGGCGUCGCGUGACGUCUUCGGUCUGCCGGCCGCGGAGCCGGGAGAUACGUGACGAAGGAGGCGCGUUACGGAGAGGCGGUUGGCCGACGCCGCGGGAGCAUUCUUUGUAAACGAGGCCUCGCGCCGCUGCGGGCCCUACGACCGCUCCUGGCUGGAUUGGGAAAGGUUUGUGUUCCCGAAGGCUUGGGAGUUGUUACAGACUAAGAAGAAGGGAUCUCAGUGCCUAGGAAGGGUCGCCCUCAUAGAAAUAGUUGUAUCUCAGGAGAUUCUGGUGUUUCUAGAGCAGGCUUUGCUUUCACCAAACCCAAGGAGGUGACAGGAGGAGUCCCUGCACAGGACGUAAGGAUGCUGUGACCAGAAGAUGGGAUCACGGAACAGCAGCAGCGCAGGAACUGGGUCCGGAGACCCCUCCGAGGGCUUGCCCCGAAGAGGGGCUGGCCUGCGUAGGAGUGAGGAAGAGGAAGAGGAAGAUGAAGAUGUGGAUCUGGCCCAGGUACUGGCCUAUCUCCUACGCAGAGGCCAAGUGAGGUUGGUGCAGGGAGGAGGCGCAGCAAAUUUACAACUCAUCCAGGCCCUCUCAGACUCAGAGGAAGAGCAUGACAGUGCCUGGGAUGGUCGUCUCGGAGACCGAUACAACCCACCCGUGGAUGCAACCCCUGACACCCGGGAGCUGGAAUGCAAUGAGAUCAAGACACAAGUGGAAUUGGCCACAGGGCGGCUGGGGCUUAGGCGGGCAGCGCUGGAGCACAGCUUUCCACAAAUGCUGCACCAGAGAGAACGGGGUCUCUGCCACCAGGGAAGCUUCUCCCUUGGAGAACGGUCUCGAAUGAUGUCUCACUUCUUGCCCAAUGAUCUGGGUUUCACUGAUACCUACUCUCAGAAGGCUUUCUGUGGCAUCUACAGCAAAGAUGGUCAAAUCUUCAUGUCUGCUUGUCAAGACCAGACAAUCCGACUGUAUGACUGCCGAUAUGGCCGCUUUCAUAAAUUCAAGAGCAUCAAGGCCCGAGAUGUAGGCUGGAGCGUCUUGGAUGUGGCCUUCACCCCUGAUGGGAACCAUUUCCUUUACUCCAGCUGGUCUGAUUACAUUCAUAUCUGCAACAUCUACGGGGAGGGAGACACACACACUGCCCUGGAUCUAAGGCCAGAUGAGCGUCGCUUUGCUGUCUUCUCUAUUGCUGUCUCCUCAGAUGGACGAGAAGUACUAGGAGGGGCCAAUGAUGGCUGCCUAUAUGUCUUUGACCGAGAGCAGAACCGGCGUACCCUUCAGAUUGAAUCCCAUGAGGAUGAUGUGAAUGCGGUGGCCUUUGCUGACAUCAGCUCCCAGAUCCUGUUCUCCGGGGGUGACGAUGCCAUCUGCAAAGUGUGGGAUCGACGCACCAUGCGGGAGGAUGACCCCAAGCCCGUGGGCGCGUUGGCCGGACACCAGGACGGCAUCACCUUCAUUGACAGCAAGGGUGAUGCCCGGUAUCUCAUCUCCAACUCCAAAGACCAGACCAUCAAGCUCUGGGAUAUCCGACGCUUUUCCAGCCGGGAAGGCAUGGAAGCCUCUCGCCAGGCUGCCACGCAGCAAAACUGGGACUACCGCUGGCAGCAGGUGCCCAAGAAAGCCUGGCGGAAGCUGAAGCUCCCAGGGGACAGCUCCUUGAUGACCUACCGGGGCCACGGGGUGCUGCACACCCUCAUCCGCUGCCGAUUCUCCCCCAGCCAUAGCACUGGCCAGCAGUUCAUCUACAGUGGCUGCUCCACUGGCAAAGUGGUCGUGUACGACCUUCUCAGUGGCCACAUCGUGAAGAAGCUGACCAACCACAAGGCCUGUGUGCGUGACGUCAGCUGGCACCCCUUCGAGGAGAAGAUUGUCAGCAGUUCGUGGGACGGGAACCUACGUCUGUGGCAGUACCGCCAGGCUGAGUACUUCCAGGAUGACAUGCCAGAGUCCGAGGAACACCCCAGCACCCCUGCCCCAAUGUCUCACACGUCUACAGCCUUUUCCUCAUCCCAGUAGAUCUGACUUCCAACCCCAUUCAUGGGGGAGCCUCUUGACCACUCUCUGCCUCCUCCCUUUCUCCCUUCUGGGGGAUCUUUGGGGAAUCACUGGCACUGGAUGGGGAGAAACAGAAGCCCAGUUUCGGGCCCUAGCUGAGCCUCAGGAGGGAGAUCCUCCUCUUGGGGCAGAGUGGUCUCCUCACAUGCUCACACCGAUUAGCUUGGGUCUCUGUCUCUGGGCGGGGUCUGGCAGCACUGCCAUUAUCUGGUCAGCGGGAGAACCGUCCUGAGUGUUUUUAAUCAUGUUUGGUUGUUAAGUGUUGGCUCCUAGAGUAGGUGCCCGGGGCCAGGUCUGAACUGAGCCAGGCCCAUUGCCUAGGCCUUCACAUUGAGGAUUAGACUGGUCAAUCAGAGGGCCAGGCAUCCUGGCCUUUCUUCCAGAGGUCCUAAUGGCUAGAGCUGUAGCCCCACAGAGGACGGGGGAUGGUUAAGUUGUGUCCUCAGCACCCUCCCAGGGUUGAAAUUACGUCUUCUCUCUCGUGCAUCUGGGUCUUUGGGGUAGGCAGGCUGUGGUGUGAGAGGCUCCGUGUGGCCCCACACAGGACAGGGCUUCCCCUCCCAGAGUGUUCCAUCGUGCUGGAGGCCAAUAGCUUCAAGGAGGGAUAUUGAAGUAGGACUUCUUCGUCCUCUCACUGGCUUUGGCUCCCUCAAUAAACUCUUUGUGGGAACCUGA